AGCAAAGUUGGUUUUUGCGGGCAGUGCUCGUCACCAGGACCUACGUUGCACGUACAGUGCAAGCAGGUCAUUCAUUAUAUACCUACGCUCAGUGUCCGCAAGCCUUUUCCAGUAUCAUGCUUGCCUGUCAAAAAAAACUUGCCCUACUCUGCGGCUGCUGCUGCACAGUGACUGCUCUGCGAACCCCAAAGCCACUGCCAAUCGCGCGCCGCGACCUCUUCCGUGCGACGGCUGCCGCGAUUGUCUUGCCGAAACCAGCAGCCGCCGCCACGACCGUCGCCGCCGCCAAGGCCGCGUUGCUCGACGCGAUCCCGGCCACGGCGACGGGCGCGCCCGCGACGAACGCGACGCUGCCCCGCACAGUCGCCGAGAAAAUAAGCGCGUGCGCCGACACCCUCGACGCCGCCGCCGCGAUGGGCGACACCGCCUCCAAUAAGCAACUGGACGGCUCCUGGCGCCUUGUUUAUAGUGACGCGCCAGAAAUUACGAACCUCGCGAAGCUGCCGCUCGGCUUUCAGUUAGGUCCGGUCCGCCAGCCCUUCUCGCUCCAAUCCAAGACCUUCGAGAACCAGGGCGAGAUCCUGCACGUCACGCACUUGAUCCACGGCUCGACGCGCGUCGUCGGCGACUUCGACCGCGCGGCGCGCGGCACGCUCAACGCUGCCGGUGUGGUCAACGAUCGGGGCGACCGCGUCGACGUCUUCUUUCGAAGGGUCGUGUUCGAGAUCGACGCUCCGGUGGCGAUCAAGACGGUCGUCGAGCCCAAGGCCGACCCAUCAUUAGCGCGGCCGGCCGUCGACACGGUGUACCUGGACGACUCCUUGCGCGUCACGCGGGGCGGCGACGGCUCGCUCUUCGUUCUGACAAGAGACGCGGACCCGGUGCCGAUGCUUACAACAACACAACGCCAGGAACUAUAUGGCGAAGCCUCGCAGGACGUCGUGAGCGGCGCCGGGUUGGGCAACUGGUCCCGCACGACGCCCGGCGUCUUCUCCUCGACAGACACUAGUGGAAGAGAAUAAACUUGCAUACU